CUCUCGGGACGGCGGCGGGAAGAUGGCGGCCCUCAGGGACAGGCUGGGAACCGGGGAGGCAGAGGGGAGCGCGGGCAGCCCGGGCAGCCCGGGCAGCUCGGGAGUGGAGGUGGUGCUUUCCUCCGACCCCGCCAUCCCCGCCCCGCGGUGCCCUCACGGUCCCACCCUCUUGUUUGUAAAGGUGAGCCAAGGGAAAGAAGACACGCGGAGGUUUUAUGCCUGCUCGGCCUGUCGAGAUAGAAAAGAUUGUAACUUUUUUCAGUGGGAAGAUGAAAAGUUGUCAGGUGCUAGACUUGCUGCCCGAGAAGCUCAUAACCGAAGAUGCCAGCCUCCUCUCUCCCGAAUGCAGUGUGUGCAAAGGUAUUUGAAGUUCAUUGAGUUGCCGUUGUCUCAGAGAGAGUUUUGUCAAAGCUGUCAGCAGUUGCUCCUGCCAGAUGACUGGGAGAAGCAUCGUGAGCACCAGGUCAUGGGUGAUAUUUCUGUCACCCAGUUAAAAAGGCCCAGUCAGCUCCUUUCUCCGCUGGAAAACAAGAAGACAAAUGCGCAGUAUUUGUUUGCUGAUAGGAGCUGUCAGUUCUUGAUAGACCUACUUUCUACCCUUGGGUUCAGAAGAGUGCUGUGUGUUGGAACACCGAGGUUGCAUGAGCUGAUCAGGUUGAAAGCAUCAGGUGACAAGAAGCCUAACAUUAAAAGCCUUUUAUUGGAUAUUGAUUUUCGGUAUUCGCAGUUUUAUAUGGAAGAUAGCUUUUGCCAUUAUAACAUGUUUAACCAUCACUUCUUUGAUGGCGAGGCUGCCCUUGAAGUAUGCAGAACAUUUUUACAGGAAGAUAAAGGUGAAGGAGUCAUUAUGGUGACAGACCCUCCUUUUGGUGGCUUGGUUGAACCUCUGGCUGUUACAUUCAAGAAGUUAAUUGCUAUGUGGAAAAAAGGUCAAAGUCAAGAUAACAGUCACAAAGAACUACCUAUUUUCUGGAUUUUUCCCUAUUUUUUUGAAUCCCGAAUUUGUCAGUUUUUUCCAAGCUUCCGCAUGCUGGACUACCAGGUAGAUUAUGAUAAUCAUGCACUUUAUAAACAUGGAAAGACAGGUCGGAAACAGUCUCCUGUGCGUAUUUUCACCAAUAUUCCACCCAACAAAAUAAUCCUUCCUGUGGAAGAAGGGUAUAGGUUUUGUCCUCUGUGUCAACGAUAUGUUUCUCUAGAGAAUCAACACUGUGAGCACUGUAAUUCGUGCACAUCCAAGGAUGGCAGGAAAUGGAACCAUUGCUUUCUCUGCAAAAAGUGUGUAAAGCCUUCCUGGAUCCACUGUAGCAUUUGCAAUCACUGUGCUCUUCCCGGUCAUUCUUGCGAGGGCCCUCGAGACGGCUGCUUCAUUUGCGGUGAAUUAGAUCACAAACGUAGUACUUGUCCUAGCAUCUCUGCAGCUACGACAGUUAACAAAGCUGUCAGAAAGCAGAAGCAGAGAAAAAGUAAUAAGAUGAAAAUGGAGACCACUAAAGGACAAGCCAUGAAUCAUACAUCUGUUACAAGGAAGAAGAAAAGGAGAGAAAGAGCCCAUCAAUAUCUUUGCUCUUAAAUGUCCAGUGACUUGAGAAUAAGAAAGAUUUAUAGUCCAACCUUUGAUGCCAUUUUCUGAAAGUGCCAUGCUGGACUUAAAUUCUGUCACUUUCAAAGGUGUGCACCGUUCUAAGCGAGAUAAUAGGCAGGUGGUAUUUGCUGGUUUAUAGACCCCGCAGCAGUGUCUCUGGAGACCUGGUGAGUUGUUCCAUCCGUAGCUGGUUUACCAGCUCUGUCUCUCUCUGUCUUUUUUUCUCUCUUUAACUCCCUUCCAAUCAUAUUAUUUUAGCCUCUUUUAUCUGAAAAGUAUGUGUACAGCAUUCUUUUACAGAAUCAGAAGAAAAUGAAAAUCUGAAGUUUUGUUUACAUUACAUAAGAAUAUGUUAAGAUAAAUGUUUUAAAUUAAUGUUAAAAUAUUGUACAAUGGCUUAAACCCCACUUGUAAAGAGAAGUACAAUUUUUUCAGACAGAAUCUGAAAAUGAUGGAAAGAAUUUUGACAAAGGAAGUCUAAAGAUAAAAAGGUUAUAAUUAUGGUUACAUUAUUAUUAAAUAUUUAUUUUUAAGUA